CAGUGGAUGUUAUUAGUGUUCCUCAUGCAUCGACAAUGUGUUUCAGGUGCAUAUGGGGAUCCUGAUAACCAAAUUUUGUAAAAGAUAUCUGUAAAUGUGUUUCAAAGAGUUUUUCAACAGAAGAUAUGAUAAAAACAACACCAGCCGGCCAAAACCUCAGGAAAUGAAGAAAGCUCAAAGUCCUCAUAACCAGAGGAAUCAGUUUUCCAAUUUUCACUUUGAAGAUGAAAAGAAUAAUAAAACCAAGCAACAGAGUGGAAGCCGGUCUGCCCUGAAGCAUAUGAAGGCUGCAGUGAAGAAAGUUUUUACAGUUCUUUUCUUUCGAAGAAAGGUCAACUCAAAGGCUGCUGCUUCUGUAAUUGAUCCAAGAAGAAACAGUAAUAGAAUCAGAGGAGUUUCAUCUUCAACCGAUGGUUGGAGUACUGACACUAAGAACUCAUCAAAGCUCAAGUUAUCUGGGUCUUCUGGUUCUUCUACUACUCAGAUUGGAGUAAUUGAGACGACAAAUUUCUCCUACGAAGAGAUUUCUAAGGCAACCGAAAAGUUCUCUCAAGCAAAUAAAAUUGGUGAGGGUGCUUUUGGGACAGUGUACAGGGGAAGGCUCGGGGAUGGAUCUCUUGUUGCUGUAAAGCGUGCCAAGAAGACAGUAUCUGACAAGCUCUUAGCAUUGGAGUUCAAGAAUGAAGUACUCACCUUGUCCAUGAUUGAGCAUCUGAAUUUGGUAAGAUUAUAUGGAUAUUUGGAGCAUGGGGACGAGCGGAUUAUUUUGGUUGAAUAUGUUGGCAACGGAACACUACGGGAACAUCUGGAUGGUACACGCGGAAAUGGACUUGAAAUUGCAGAACGGUUAGACAUCGCAAUUGAUGUGGCUCAUGCAAUUACCUAUCUUCACACGUACACAGAUCCUCCAAUAAUCCACAGAGACAUAAAAUCAUUAAACAUCCUCAUCACAGAGAAAUUACGGGCGAAAGUAGCAGACUUUGGGUUUGCACGAUUGUCUGCAGACCCUAAUGCAACUCAUAUUUCAACUCAGGUUAAAGGAACGGCAGGCUACUUGGAUCCUGAGUACCUCAAGACUUAUCAGCUCACCGAAAAGAGUGAUGUUUACUCCUUUGGUGUGUUGCUUGUAGAACUGAUGACAGGAAGACGACCCAUCGAACCCACCAAACCAAACAAUGAAAGAUUAACAACAAGAUGGGCAAUCCAAACAUUGAAACGAGGAGAAGCUAUACUUGUCAUGGAUCCAAGGCUACGGAGAAGUGCGGCAUCAACCAUGGCAAUGGAGAAAAUCCUCAAGCUAGCUCACGAGUGCCUUGCACCUUUAAGACAAUCAAGACCCUCCAUGAAAAAAUGUGCUGAAGUAUUAUGGGGGAUUCGCAAGGAAUUCAGAGAGAAAGCCUUCCCUGCUCCUCCUUCAACUUCUCACUACUCCGACACUUUUCCUGUGAGAGAUGCUAAGGUGACUAGGCAGCAGACUUUUGGAAUUGAAGAUGGUGAUAGCUAUAAAUUUAUCUCAGCGUAAGGAGGGAAUUUACUCUCGCAUGCAUAUUACCUUUUCUUUUGUUCUUGGAUUGAUACCUCUAUGUAAAGUCUUGUCACUUGUGUGUUAUCAUCCUGAAUUUGAUGGCAGUCAGAUCCUGCGCUUUCUGUCAUCAGAUUUUAAGAACAUGCAGAACCCAAACACAAAUUUGUUGUGAUUCAUUCAAUUCAUUCAUCAUUUUCUGGAAA